AUGUAUGAACCCUGUUCAUCUGGUGUUGAUGAGGUUCGGGAAACAUUAUGCUCUUUGGGCAUCCCAGUCGAGCUUGCCUUGGAUAUCUUGAUUUCCGCAGAUUACGAGGAGCGACCGCGCAAGCUUAAGGUACCUCGUCAUCCUCUCCACGCGCUUGGAAAAUAUCUCAAGUACUGCUGGCAGACCCUGGUUCGGUGCUCUGCCAUGGCGGCAGAAGUGGUUAUGCAUCCUGAGAACCCCGAAUAUGCUUCCACUGGUAUGAACUGGAAGAGCCUUGUCGAGGACGCUAUUGUUGAUCUUUUUUUGGUUACCAUAGAGAUCGUAACUAUCCCUUCAGGCUUGGAUUUGAAGACAUGCACAGCCUUCCAAGGAUGUGGUGGAAGAGAGAAAUGGAUUCUAAUGAUGAAGCUUAUUAUUUUUAUGAUGGCAGAAGAGGGCCUGUGA